AUGUUCCGCACCGUCGCGGACUGGGUCGUGAUGCCCUCCGCCUCGGACUGCGCGCCAUGCCUCGUCUUCGGCGCCGACGUGGCGCAGUCGCGCGGGGCCGCCUUUGUGUGGGGCUCGCGCGGCACGUGGGAUUGCGUCGCGGGCAUGCGGCUGCCGCGCCUAGUGACGGAGCAGGUGGACGGCUCGCUGCGCGACGCGCUCCACGUGUUCGACGCCGCCGUCAUCGCCGGUGACGACGUGCGCAGGUUGCCGUACUCCGAGAGGCGCCGCAGGCUCGGCUUGCUCGUCGAGGCGCUCGACCGCGACCAGGACGCGUACCGCCUCUCCGAGCUGCCGCGCGCGCUCGACGAGGCCGAGGCGCGCGCCUCGUCGGGCGUGCGCGGGACGCGGUGGCCGUUCUGCGGCGCGCUGCUCUUCCCCGGCCACGCCGUGCCGUCGACGCAGCCGCCGGGGCCCGGCUGGGACCGGCACCGCUGCCGCUCGCGGACGACGGGGCAGGAGCACCGCUCGCGGACGACGGGGCAGGAGUACUACGCGAGCGCGAGCCACCACCCCGGCCAGUCGACCCCGAUCGUGCGCAAGCCAAUCUCCUUCCGCGGCUGCCUGCAAGCGCUCGUCCGCUGGGACGCGCGCCGCGGGGACGUGCCGCUGGCCAAGCUGCGGCAGUUUGGGAAGGAGGUGGCGGCGAUGGCGGGCGGCUCGACCGCGAGGUGACGCCGCGCGGCGCUUUCGCGCGCGCCACGGGCACGGGCAUGCAAGGACAGCGCGAAGGCGUGUUUUGCCACCGGCAAGAAUUUGC